AUGGUUUCAUUGACUGUGGUGAAGCAGCUAUCUUGCUCCAUUUUCAUUAGUCUGGUGUCAAGAUUUAGAGCUGGACUGAAAGCAGAAAUUGGAGUAUUUUUCCCCAUGAUUGUUCUCAGGGUUCUAGAAAACGUUGCUCAACCUAAUUUCCAGCAAAAGAUGAUUGUGCUUCGUUUUCUAGAGAAGCUUUGUGAUGAUUCACAGAUAUUGGUAGACAUUUUUAUCAAUUAUGACUGUGAUGUCAAUUCAACAAACAUAUUUGAGAGGAUGGUCAAUGGACUACUUAAAACUGCCCAAGGUGUCCCUCCUGGUGCAACGACCACAGUUUUGCCACCUCAAGAGGAAACACUAAAACUUGAAGCCAUGAAGUGCUUAGUCGCCAUUUUAAAAUCUAUGGGAGACUGGAUGAACAAACAGUUGCGCAUUCCAGAUCCUCAUUCAGGCAAACAAGUUGAAGCAGUUGAUAAUGACCAAGAAGCUGGAGGUCUUCCCAUUGCAAAUGGGAAUGGUGAAGAGCCGGUCGAAGGAUCAGACACUUAUUCUGAAAUCUCCAACGAGGCAUCUGAGGCUUCAACUAUUGAGCAACGCCGGGCUUAUAAACUGAAACUUCAGGAAGGUAUAUCACUUUUUAACAGGAAGCCAAAGAAAGGAAUUGAAUUCCUCAUCAAUGCCAACAAAGUGGGUAAUUCACCAGAGGAAAUAGCAGCUUUUCUUAAAGAUGCAUCUGGGUUGAACAAGACUUUGAUUGGUGAUUAUCUGGGAGAAAGGGAAGAGUUAUCCUUGAAAGUAAUGCAUGCCUAUGUGGAUUCUUUUGACUUUCAAGGGUUGGAGUUUGAUGAGGCAAUCAGGGCCUUUCUUCAAGGCUUUAGACUGCCCGGUGAGGCACAGAAAAUUGAUCGAAUCAUGGAAAAGUUUGCAGAACGAUAUUGCAAAUGUAAUCCAAAAGUCUUUUCUAGUGCUGAUACAGCAUAUGUCCUUGCAUAUUCUGUGAUACUGCUUAAUACUGAUGCUCACAAUCCUAUGGUGAAAAACAAGAUGUCGGCUGAAGAUUUCAUAAAAAAUAACCGUGGCAUAGAUGAUGGAAAAGAUGUACCAGAAGAAUACUUAAGGUCUUUGUAUGAACGAAUAUCUAGAAAUGAGAUCAAAAUGAAAGAAGUUGAUCUCGAAACCCAGCAAGUACAGGCUGUGAACUCUAACAGACUUUUAGGCUUGGAUAGUAUAUUGAAUAUUGUGAUCCGGAAGCGUGGGGAAGACACUAAUAUGGAGACCAGUGAUGAUCUAAUCCGACAUAUGCAAGAACAAUUCAAAGAAAAAGCUCGCAAAACAGAGUAUGUUAUCCAGUCAGUUUAUUACGCAGCAACUGAUGUUGUAAUCCUCAGAUUCAUGAUUGAGGUCUGCUGGGCACCAAUGUUAGCUGCCUUCAGUGUGCCCCUUGAUCAAAGUGAUGAUGAAUUUAUAAUAGCACUGUGUCUUAAAGGCUUCCGUUAUGCUAUUCAUGUUACUUCUGUAAUGUCCAUGAAGACUCACAGAGAUGCUUUUGUGACUUCAUUAGCAAAGUUUACCUCCCUGCAUUCUCCUACUGAUAUUAAGCAGAAAAAUGUAGAUGCAAUCAAGGUGAUUGUUACUAUUGCUGAUGAGGAUGGGAAUUAUUUGCAAGAAGCUUGGGAGCACAUCUUGACCUGUGUUUCCCGAUUUGAACAUCUACAUCUUCUCGGAGAGGGGGCCCCACCAGAUGCCACAUUUUUUGCAUUCCCUCAAAAUGAUUCUGAAAAAACAAAACAAGCAAAAUCAACCAUUCUUCCUGUUUUAAAGAAGAAGGGACCUGGGAGGAUGCAAUAUGCAGCUGCCACAGUGAUGCGGGGUUCAUAUGAUAGCACUGGAAUCAGCAGUAAUACUUCUGGAGCUGUGACAUCGGAACAGGUGAACAAUCUAGUUUCUAAUUUGAAUAUGUUGGAACAAGUUGGAAGCUCAGAAAUGAGUCGCAUAUACACUCGGAGUCAGAAGCUGAACAGUGAGGCCAUAAUAGAUUUUGUUAAGGCUUUGUGCAAAGUUUCCAUGGAGGAACUCAGAUCUCCAUCUGAUCCACGGGUGUUCAGCCUUACAAAGAUAGUUGAGAUUGCGCACUACAAUAUGAACCGCAUCAGGCUUGUUUGGUCAAGCAUAUGGCAUGUUCUCUCAGAUUUCUUUGUAACCAUUGGCUGUUCUGGGAACCUUUCAAUUGCAAUUUUUGCAAUGGAUUCUUUGCGUCAGUUGUCAAUGAAAUUUCUGGAGCGAGAGGAAUUGGCUAAUUAUAAUUUUCAAAAUGAAUUUAUGAAGCCUUUUGUCAUUGUUAUGCGGAAGAGUAGUGCUGUUGAAAUUAGAGAACUUAUCAUUAGAUGUGUCUCUCAAAUGGUUUUAUCUCGUGUAAACAAUGUAAAAUCAGGAUGGAAGAGCAUGUUCAUGGUAUUCACAACAGCAGCAUAUGAUGACCACAAAAAUAUUGUACUCUUGGCUUUUGAAAUUAUGGAGAAGAUUAUUCGAGAUUAUUUUCCGUACAUCACUGAGACUGAAACAACCACUUUUACAGAUUGUGUUAAUUGUCUAAUUGCAUUCACCAAUAGUAGAUUUAACAAAGAGAUUAGCCUAAAUGCCAUUGCUUUCCUUCGAUUCUGUGCAACAAAACUUGCAGCAGGAGACCUUGGAUCUUCAUUAAGGAAUAAUGACAAGGAAACUUAUGGAAAGAUAUCUACCCCUUCACCUCGAUCAGGAAAAGAGGGGAAACAAGAAAAUGGAGAGGUUACUGACAAGGAUGAUCAUCUCUAUUUCUGGUUUCCUUUAUUGGCUGGUUUAUCUGAGCUUAGCUUUGACCCAAGAUCUGAAAUAAGGCAAAGCGCCUUGAAAGUCCUGUUUGAAACCUUACGCAACCAUGGCCACCUCUUUUCGCUACCUUUAUGGGAAAGAGUAUUUGAAUCAGUCCUAUUUCCAAUAUUUGACUAUGUCCGCCAUGCUAUUGAUCCUUCUGGGAGUAGCUCAGAGGUCAAUGAAUUAGAGACUGACGGUCAGCUUGAUCAAGAUGCAUGGCUUUAUGAGACAUGCACAUUAGCCCUCCAGUUGGUAGUAGAUCUUUUUGUCAACUUCUAUAAUACUGUCAAUCCACUUUUAAGAAAGGUGUUGAUGCUCCUGGUAAGCUUUAUAAAGCGCCCUCAUCAAAGCCUAGCUGGCAUUGGUAUUGCUGCGUUUGUUCGUUUAAUGAGUAAUGCUGGGGAGCUGUUUUCUGAUGAGAAGUGGUUAGAAGUGGUGUUUUCACUAAAAGAAGCAGCAAAUGCGACACUUCCCAACUUUUUAUUCCUUGACAGUGGAAACAUUGUGACUGGAAAUCAUGAACAUGCUUCAAUGGCUGAAGAUGAUAGGGAUCCUUCUGAGUCUGGUUCACAUGAUAAUUUAGAAAGCAUGAGGAUUCAACUUCUUUAUUCACAUUUAUCUGAUGCAAAAUGCCGAGCAGCUGUUCAGCUUUUAUUGAUCCAGGCGGUGAUGGAGAUCUAUAACAUGUACCGAUCUCAGCUUUCAGCAAAAACCAUACUCGUCUUGUUUGAGGCUUUGCAUGAUGUGGCAUCACAUGCACACAAGAUUAACAGCAAUAUUAUUUUACGUUCAAAAUUACAAGAGUAUGGCUCUAUGACUCAAAUGCAAGACCCUCCACUGUUACGCUUGGAGAAUGAGUCCUACCAAAUAUGCCUCACAUUUUUACAGAACCUUGUUGUGGACACGCCUCCUAAUUAUGAGGAGGUUGAGGUAGAGACACUUCUUGUUCAGCUUUGUCAGGAAGUCCUGGAGUUUUAUAUUGAAGUUGCAGGUUCUGGAAGAGUAUCUGAAUCUUCUCAUGGUAGACAGCUGCAUUGGUUAGUUCCUCUAGGCUCUGGGAAGAGGAGAGAAUUGUCCGCACGUGCACCGCUUGUUGUGGCCACUCUUCAAGCUAUUUGUAAUUUGGGAGAUACAUCUUUUGAGAAGAAUCUAGCUCAUUUUUUCCCUCUUAUAUCAAGCUUGAUAAGUUGUGAACAUGGUUCAACUGAGGUUCAGGUAGCUCUCAGUGAUAUGCUUAGUUUAUCAGUUGGGCCUCUUCUGCUACGCUCAUGUUAA